AUGAUUCCAUUUAAAAAAUUAGCAUCACUUUUUAUACGUACAUUCUCUAAACCAGUUGCCAAUUUUAUCAAGAGAUACGCUCUGAAUAAUAGCAAUAACAGAUCUUUUGGAAGGAGGAUAGUCAGAAAUGGCUUUAUAUUUUUAGGAAAUAGAUACAAUGCAUUAGAUGUAUAUUUGGAAAGAGUCUCUAUUGGUCAAUCAAAUUAGCAAUUUUUCAUUAAACCCUUAACAGAUGAAACUGCAUUUAUGAAAGGCACUGAUCUAUUCUCAGAUGUAUUCAUUUAUAUCUGCGUCUUGGGAUUGCCUUUAUAUGAAAUCAUAAGACAAUCAAAUGAGUCAGCCCUUAAAGAGGCCAUUUACGAUGAGAAAUUGCACAAACUAUCAAAAGUACGCCCACAAUUUUGA